GAGCAGGGGUGAGAUGCUGGUAUUGCUUCGAGCCGUGUGUACUUGAACGCCGCGCUAUUGUUUCACCCGCACCCAAGUCGUCCCACAGACAAUUAUUUAUUACACAUUUUAAUUUGCAUUGCACGCGUGCUGCUGCGGUUAGUAAGUCGCGCUCGUUACUACUCUUUUAUACUCGUUUCUCUGGCACAGUGAGUUAAGUGAGUGAUCGAGUGGGUGUUUCAACUGAACGGCGGCGGGCGACAAUCGUCGUUCCAAUUCCAAGCCAGGCAUGACGACCAGUCUGGGCCAACAAUUAUGGAACAGAGUCGCCGAGAGGGCACGCAGGUCCUUGAGCACAUCAGAGGAGCCUGGACAGCGUUUGUUGGAGGAGCUGCGCCGAGAUGAGGGCAGCGACCUGCAGUCCCGAUGGGACCCUGAGCUAUGCAUUAAUAUGAUCAGGGUUCCCCUGACCACCAACUACGCUGCCCUAAGGAAACUGCUCAAAGUCGUCAGCAGAGAAUGGUUGGUGGAGUUUGUGGAGCGAGGUGGUUUGGGCGUUUUGCUGGAGGCGUUGGAACGGCUGGGUAGCUGCCCCGGACCUCCCGAAGGCCCCCGCGGCUUGCUGGGAAUGGACAGGACCAUUUCGCAGUUACGCGUGGUCGAAUGCAUCCGCGAAGUGAUGAACUCGGCCGCCGGUCUGACCUUCCUGUUGGACCACUCCGAGUACGUCCACCAAUUAGUCAACGCCCUGGGGUCGCAGAACACGACUGUCAAAAUGCAGGUGUUCGAGUUGCUCUGCGCCUUGUGCCUCUUCUCCACCAAAGGACACACACUCGCACUAGACUCGCUCUUUUUCUACACGACGAGUCAAGGAAUGCGGUACAGAUUUCAGCCCUUGGUUUCUGAGCUUAGGGGGUGCGAAAGUGACCGCUACAGGGCGACGAUCGUGGCGUUUGCCAAUUGCCUAAUUCAAGGGGCAGACUCGCUCAUCAACCGGGUCAAACUCAGGAACGAGCUCAUUGGAGUAAGUUUUGAGGCCGAGAUAGCAUUGCUGAGGGCGCGAGAGACGGAGCCAGAGUUGAGUGUUCAGAUAAAUGCUUUUGAGGAAAGUAAAGAAAUGGACGAGGAGCAGAUGAUUCAGUCCGAGGAAAUGAUGUCUCUAUCUCACCACCAACUCUUUCACACUUUGUUUGAAAAAGUUGUAGGAACUCCCCAGGCAUUCCGACUUCAUUCUGUGCUUUUAAAUUUAGCCCAAGUGGACACUGCAAGUAGGAAAAGUGACCUUAUGUGGGAAUUGCUUGAGGAAGUUUCCUCCAGAUCGUUGGACGGAUCCCUGCACUGGGCUCAGCGGCGAAUGAGUCGACUGCCCUCUCAAGCAAAAAACGCCAGCUCGCAAACCCCGAGGGCGCGCGGUGCCCGUCGGUGGAACAUCCGAGCGCCCUGCCGCUCUUCCGCCACUCAAACCAGCAGUUCGACGAAAACUGACACGGUCGAAGAGCCUCAGAGAAAAACGUCCUCCACCCAAACCCCUGUGAGUGAAGAGGCGGUCGACUGCUCCACCCAAACCGCCGCCUCCACUCCUCCGGAGGAUCUGGCAACCCCUCCCGUCAGCCCUCCACCCCCGCCGCCUCCGAUGCCCAUGGACGUGGCUCCAACACCUCCGCCUCCACCACCAAUGCAACUACCUCCCCCGCCUCCACCACCGCCGCCUCCAGGUGCAGCAGGAGGACCCCCACCUCCACCACCCUUCCAGGGAACAGGAGGGCCUCCACCGCCCCCGGCUAUGAGCAUGGCCGAGUACUUUGCAUCCCCUACCAGACAUUCCCUUCCGGCCACCCUUCCCUCAGGUUGGUGCCCUGACGCCGAGUUGCAGAGGCACAACUCAUUGCCACCUUCGAAGAAAAGGCUGAAAACUCUCAACUGGACCAAAAUACCUGCCAAUAAAAAUUUCGAGGACACAGUUUGGAAUACAGUUGGUUCUCAGCCGCCGAGUGUGGCAGUGGAUUUCCAACAAAUGGAAGAACUCUUUUGCCAACGGACAAAUUCUCCCGAAGCCCCGACCGCAGCUCCGCUUUCGCCCAAAUCGCCCAUCCAAGAUGUCCACGUCGUAAAUGUCCUGGACUCUAAGAGAAGUUUAGGUGUCAAUAUUUUGUUGAGGCAGUUCAGGGAUUUGGGUGUCGAAGGGUUAUUGGCUGCCAUUCAGGAAGGCAACGGCCGAAUCCUGGGUGCGGACAAACUGAGGGGCCUGUUGAGACUUUUGCCAGAACCAGACGAACUGGCAAUGAUAAAGGCGCAUCAGUUGGAUGAAAAAAUGCGGUUGGGCGAUGCUGAAAGUUUCUACCUGCAGCUUAACGAGGUCCCGAGCUUUGCCUUGCGUAUACGGGCCAUGCUUCAAAGAGAAGAGUUCAGGCCAACUGUGAAGGAGCUGCGACCACAACUCAGUGCAGUGCUCAAAGCAUGUGCAACCCUCGUGGACAACUCGUCACUUCGAGAUUUCUUGGCCUUAAUUCUUCACAUAGGGAACAUGUUGAAUGCUGGUAGCUACGCAGGAAAUGCUGUUGGUUUUAAACUGAGCACUCUGCCGAGACUUCUUGAGACUCGAGCCAACAAGCCGAGAAUGACUUUCCUCCACUUCGCCGUCGACCUUGCGAGUAAACAGCCCGGAUGCCUCGAUUUUGUUUCUGAAUUGGACGUGGUGCAUGAGGCAGCAAGGGUACCUCUUGAAUUAAUGGAGGAGGAGGUCCGAGCCUUGAGCUCAGGUGUGCAGCGGCUUGAUAAGCAAAUCCAGCACGCGCCGGAUGACAUUAAAAUACAAUUUUCUGAUUUUUUGAGCGGAGCAUUAACAGCUUCAGAGGAGCUCGGCCAACAUAUGGAGGCGAUAAAAGCAGCCAGCACAAGGUUGGCGCGUCAUUUUUGCGAAGACGAAGAAAAAUUUCAACUGAACGAGUGCUUUUCACUUUUCUCUGAUUUUCUAGUUAAAACUCAAAACACUAUUAAGGAGAACGAGCAGAGGCGAGUUCAAGAAGCAAGAGUGACGACCAUGAGGCAACAGUCCCCAGCUCCGAGCAGAGGAAUCACAAUGAAAAGAACAAGGAGAGGCAGAGGCACUUCAACAGACUCCUCAGACGGCGAGGAUUCCUGCGUGGUCGACAAACUCAUGCAAGAGAUACGAAGCGGCACUUUUAAGCUUCGACGAUGCAUGCCAGCCUAAUGAUUUUUUAAUAUUUGAUGUAUUUAUCAUUUAUGAGCAGUAUAGGCAUUGCAUGGCAGAUUAAGUUUUUUUUUAAAGUGACAUGUUUAAUUUUUGCAUUUAAUAUAUUUUCUGGAUAUAUAAUUAUUUUCAAAGUCAGGAUAAUACCUAAUAUUUUGUGUCCUUCUAAUUAAAAUCAGUAAUUUAUAAACCUUCUGCACUUGUAUUUUGUGAUUAAAUUGCCAUUUGAAUAUUGCAAAUCCACUGACUAGACUCUUCAGAACCAUAUAAUCAACUUAAUUUUUAAUUCAACCAAUGUUCUCUCAGGAAUUAUAAAUUUAAGGCUACGGGAUUGGGCGUCUGCGUAUUUUUGUAAUUCAAAAAUUUUGCUGUUAAAAAAGUUGUAAUUUAAAUUUUAAUACCAAAAAUAACAUAAUUUUGAAAAUUUACUCUAA